AACGCAUUGUAUCAUUAUCCCUCGUCUGACAAGCCAUCAUUGUGACAUGAAGGCGGAGGCUGGAUCAGCUGUCUCAAAACCUUUCUCAUCUAGAGUUCGCCUUGAAAUCCAAGACAAACACUGUCCAUUACCUUCCGAAACCGUAGCCACCUAAUCACCCUAGCCCCCAAACUGUGGAAUACCCCGGAUGCCGUCAAGCCUGCGCAAGCGCGCAGGCGCUCAAGCGCUCGUUCAACCCACCCCACUGAGGUAAAUGGCCUGUUCCAUUCUUCAGAGGUGCUGACAGUAGGAGGAACUGCAAGCUGGGGCCCCAAAGUGCAGAUGUAUCACUAGUGUUUCCAGCCUUUCACUCCAUGGAUGAUAAUUUGUGAGUUUUGUGUCAUUACGUCAGUGAUUUCGACAGGUGUCUUGAAAAAGUGAGUUUGGAACAGUUUCACCAUCUAUCUUUUCCCCCCUCACCGGGGCGCAUUAGGGCUGGCCCACUGAUGGCCAAGUACGGAAGCCUAGAGGUCCUCGUUCACUCAGAAGAGACCAACUUCGGCCCGCCUCGCCUAGCCGGUCCCGGCAGCUCCUCCUCCUCUCCGCCCGGCGGGCUGCGGGACGUCAGCGCUGCCAGCGUGGAAACAGCUGUCUGGCGCGGGAGGCGGAAGUAGCGCCGGGCCACCACCGGACGCCGCUGACCGCUUCAGCCAUGGAGGCGUCACUGGAGAAGAUAGCAGACCCUACAUUAGCUGAAAUGGGAAGAAACUUGAAGGAGGCAAUGAAGAUGCUGGAGGAUGGUCAGAGAAGAACAGAACAGGAAAAAGAAAAGACGCUUCUAUCAGAGGAUAUUCCAGGCCCACUGCAGGGCAGUGGACAAGAUAUGGUGAGCAUCCUACAGCUAGUUCAGAAUCUGAUGCACGGAGAGGACGAUGAGGAACUUCAGAGCACCCGAAUCCAGAAUAUUGGAGAACAAGGUCACAUAGCUUUAUUGGGACAUAGUCUGGCAGCUUAUAUUUCAACUCUGGACAAAGAGAGGCUGAGAAAACUUACAACUAGGAUACUUUCAGAUACCACCUUGUGGCUCUGCAGAAUUUUCAGGUAUGAAAAUGGCUGUGCUUAUUUCCAUGAAGAAGAAAGAGAAGGACUUGCCAAGAUCUGUAGGCUUGCCAUUCAUUCUCGAUAUGAAGACUUUGUAGUAGAUGGAUUCAACGUGUUAUAUAACAAAAAGCCUGUUAUAUACCUGAGUGCUGCUGCUAGACCUGGUCUGGGCCAGUACAUUUGUAAUCAGCUUGGUUUACCCUUUCCAUGUUUGUGUCGUGUGCCCUGUAACACUAUGUUUGGAUCUCAGCAUCAGAUGGAUGUUGCCUUCCUAGAGAAACUGAUUAAAGAUGAUAUAGAACGAGGAAGACUGCCCUUGUUGCUUGUUGCAAAUGCUGGAACUGCUGCAGUUGGGCACACAGACAAGAUUGGACGUUUGAAAGAGCUCUGUGAACAGUAUGGCAUAUGGCUUCACGUGGAUGGGGUGAAUCUGGCAACAUUGGUUCUAGGUUAUGUCUCCUCAUCAGUUCUGGCUGCAACUAAGUGUGACAGCAUGACACUGACUCCUGGCCCAUGGCUAGGUUUGCCUGCUGUUCCUGCAGUGACACUGUACAAACAUGACGAUCCAGCCUUGACAUUAGUUGCUGGUCUUACAUCAAAUAAGCCAGCAGACAAGCUCCGUGCCCUGCCUCUGUGGUUGUCUUUACAAUACUUGGGACUGGAUGGGAUUGUGGAGAAGAUAAAGCAUGCCUGUCAACUUAGUCAGCGGUUGCAGGAAAGUUUGAAGAAAGUGAACCACAUCAAAAUUUUGGUGGAAGAUGAGCUCAGUUCUCCAGUAGUGGUGUUCAGAUUUUGCCAGGAAUUACCAAACUCAGAUCCAGUCUUGAAAGCAGUACCAGUGCCCAACAUGGCACCCUCCACAGUCAGCUGGGAGAGACAUUCCUGUGAUGCUCUGAAUCGCUGGCUGGGAGUGCAGUUGAAACAGCUGGUGCCUGUGAGCGGCCUCACUGUCAUGGAUCUGGAGGUUGAGGGCAUGUGUGUGCGCUUCAGUCCUUUGAUGACAGCAGCAGUGUUAGGAACACGAGGAGAGGAUGUGGAUCAACUUGUAGCCUGCAUCCAAAGCAAACUGCCUGUGUUGACCUGUACACUGCAGCUGCGAGAAGAAUUCAAGCAGGAAGUAGAAGGGACUGCAGGUCUCCUAUAUGUUGAUGACCCCAACUGGCCUGGAAUAGGGGUUGUUAGGUAUCAACAUGCUAAUGAUGAUAAGAGCAGUUUGAAAUCAGAUCCAGAGGGAGAAAAAAUCCAUGCUGCGCUCUUGAAAAAAUUAAAUGAACUGGAAUCUGACCUUACAUUUAAGAUGGGCCCUGAGUACAAGAGUAUGAAGAGCUGCAUUUAUAUUGGCAUGGCAAGUGACGACAUAGAUGUUUCUGAACUAGUGGAGACCAUUGCAGUCACAGCUCGGGAAAUUGAAGAAAACUCAAGGCUUCUGGAAAACAUGACAGAAGUCGUCCGGAAAGGAAUUCAGGAAGCUCAGGUUCAGCUGCAGAAGGCAAAUGAGGAACGACUUCUGGAAGAGGGAGUGUUACGGCAGAUCCCUGUUGUAGGAUCGGUGCUGAAUUGGUUUUCUCCACUACAAGCUUCACAAAAGGGAAGAACAUUUAACUUAACAGCAGGCUCUCUGGAGUCCACAGAACACACAUAUGUCUACAAAGUACAAAGUACUGGAGUGACACCGCCUCCAACACCCUCAGGCAUUCGCACCAAACAGAGGUUUCCAGGUCAGAAGCCUUUUAAAAGAUCCCUGAGAGGUUCAGAUGCUGUGAGUGAGACCAGCUCGGUCAGUCACACUGAGGAUUUGGAAAAGGCAGAGGACAUGUCCAGUGGACCAGAGCAAAGUACCCUAGAGAUACACAGCCCUGAGCAACCUCCAGGGGCUCCUGCCCCUCAGGCCAGCCACACUGAAGCCCUCCAGAACAGGGCCCAGUGUCCUGAAGAUGAUCAUCUGCAGGUGGAAGAGCCAGAGAGCCUAAGAUAAAAUUCAGUGUUGGGUUUGAGACUGUAAUGUUGUUUCAGGGAAGAAGUUGCAUUGCAAGUGUGAACUGUGCGAUAUGUUCAUCUAAUAGAAAUGACUUAUUUGUGCUGAACUGGUUAUUUUUGCACAUAUGUAUGCCUGAAAGCCAGUCUUUCCAGGAGGUAAUUGAAUAUUUUAUGUGUAUGCAGAACAGCCAACUAUUGUUUCUCGCCUGCCCAAAUGUAGUAAAACCAUUUCCCCUUGAGUUAUCUUAAGUACUUUUAUUCCUAAGGAACACUUAAAAUUUCAGGUGCUUGCCACUUGAAACACUUUCUUCUUUCUACUCCUAAGCAUACAUCAUUAGAUUGUACUUAGGGAUGUUUUAUUAGGACUGUCCAGGUUCUGUACUGUUGUUCCACAGAGGCAGGAUGACAGUGACCUGUGUCUGUUGUAAUGGGUCUGUGGUGGUCAUACUGCAGUACACAUCUGUAUUGGCAGGCUUCAAGGAAUGGGUUUCAGUGGGACCCGAAGUGCAUCACAGCCCGCUCCUGCCAUCCUCUAACUGCUGUUUUUCCUGAAGUAAGGACUGUAUCCAUGUGCACAGCAGGGUUUCUGUCUAGGGCUGUCCUUUGCCACAAAUCUUUUCUCCCUUUCUGUGCUUUUUGUAAACAGAUUUGAGGACUUGUCAAUAACUGUUGAGUCUCUUCCUUUCCAUGUGUGUCUAUUUUUAAAUGUAAAAGCUUUUAAAUCAGCACAAAGGUGCAGAUUAUGCUCGAUUCUGUCCCAAGAGCCUGCUACUAAUACGCUGUGCAGCAUACCUGGGCUAGAAUGCUAAAGUAAGUUCGCCCUUGACUGUCUCACUCCAGAGGUUUGUUGCGUCUCUUCCGCUCACAUGUCACCCUGGGUCCUGCUCAGAAAUAAGAGCUAGAAAAAUCAUACCUCACAGGAUGAAAUGACUAGAAGUUAGUCCCCGAAGUCCUACUGGUUUCUAUUUUCUCAAAGUACUACAUCAUUUCCUUUGUCCUAAGGUUGGGCCCCUGUGCUUUUUUAGUCUCACAAGGUCAAAACGAUGGGAGAGCUUAUGAUGAUGGGGAAUUCACACUGGAUUUCUGGACUAGUGUGGGAAGCCUUAGUUGUACCACAUUAAGCCUGUAAUUACACUGAUUUGAUGUGAAUGCUGACAUUUGGCACUUGUCGAAAUAUAAUUUUCCUUUAUUUUUUUGGUACAGAGUAAAUGGUCUUCCCUGUUUAUUUGGUGCAAUGAAGUAUAGCAGAUAACAUGGGAGAGGGGUAAAUUAUCACCUUUAACAAGAUUUUUAAAUGUUUAUAUAUAUAUAUAUAUAUAUAUUUGGAAUUGUUAAAUCAAUUUUGCUGAAACAGAAUUUCACCCUUGAGGUACUAUUUCAAUGUUGAUUUCAAUAAAGGUUCUUGAAAUUGUUACCAGUGA